CUAUAUGUCUAUAGUUGAGGGGUUUCCAUGCAAUUUUACCUUCGGGAGUGGCGACUGGCGAGGCAACACCGCGCUACGCCCCCCAUUUCGAUCGGGAAUCGGAGCCUGAUCUCGAGUUCCUCUUCGAUCGUCGAAUAUAUAACUUUAAUUGGUGAGGAAGAAAGGCGCACAGAAUGGGGAGCACGAAGGAGGAGAAAUUUAGAUUCUGCAUCGACAGGGGCGGCACAUUCACAGACAUAUAUGCAGAGAUACCCGGUCAGUUGGAUGGCUAUGUAAUGAAGCUCUUAUCUGUGGACCCAUCAAACUACGAUGAUGCUCCGAUCGAAGGGAUCAGAAGGAUUCUCGAAGAGUUCACCAGAGAGAAAGUGCCCCGAUCUUCGAAGAUCCCAACUGAUAAGAUCGAGUGGAUUCGAAUGGGCACCACAGUGGCAACCAAUGCUCUUUUAGAGAGGAAAGGCGAAAGGAUCGCCCUUUGCGUAACUGAAGGCUUUAGAGAUUUGCUUCAGAUUGGAAACCAGGCCCGGCCAAACAUCUUCGAUCUAACAGUCACAAAGCCCUCAAAUCUAUACGAGGAGGUCAUAGAGGUUGAUGAGAGGAUUGAGCUUGUUCUUGAUAAAGAAAAGGAUCCUUCUUCGUCAAUCGAAGGGAUAUCAGGGGAGUUAAUUAAAGUUGCAAAGCCUCUAAAUGAAGAAACACUAAAGCCAUUGUUAAAAGGUCUGCUCGUUAAAGGAAUUAACUGUUUGGCAGUUGUUUUGAUGCAUUCUUACACCUACCCACAUCACGAACUCUUGGUCGAGAAGUUGGCUUUGAGCAUGGGCUUCAGGCACGUCUCUUUGUCUUCAUCUUUGACUCCAAUGGUUCGCGCUGUGCCCCGUGGACUAACGGCAAGUGUCGACGCUUACCUUACUCCAGUAAUUAAGGAAUACUUAUCAGGAUUCUUGUCUAGGUUUGAGGGGGGUUCAGAAAAGGUAAAUGUAUUGUUUAUGCAAUCAGAUGGAGGUCUCGCACCAGAACAAAGAUUUUCCGGGCAUAAAGCUGUAUUGUCAGGUCCCGCCGGAGGGGUUGUUGGUUACUCGCAAACCCUAUUUGGGCUCGAGACAUCAAAACCACUAAUUGGUUUUGAUAUGGGUGGUACUUCUACUGAUGUGAGCCGUUACAGUGGAAGCUACGAGCAGGUUCUUGAGACUCAGAUUGCUGGGGUAAUGAUUCAAGCACCUCAGUUGGACAUCAACACAGUGGCUGCUGGUGGUGGAUCCAAGCUUAAGUUUCAAUUUGGGUCCUUCAGGGUGGGACCUGAUUCAGUUGGGGCGCAUCCUGGCCCUGUGUGUUACAGGAAAGGUGGGGAAUUAGCAGUCACCGAUGCUAAUUUGAUCUUAGGAACAGUUAUUCCUGACUAUUUCCCAUCAAUAUUUGGUCCCAAUGAAGAUCAACCUUUGGAUAUUGAAGCUACAAGAAAAGCAUUCGAGAAGCUAGCGAGUGAAAUAAACUCUUACAGGAAGAGUCAGGACCCAUCGGUGAAGGAUAUGAUCGUUGAGGAGAUUGCCCUAGGGUUUAUAAAUGUGGCAAAUGAAACUAUGUGUCGGCCUAUUCGCCAAUUGACGGAAAUGAAAGGUCAUGAAACACGAACCCAUGCACUUGGGUGCUUUGGUGGCGCGGGCCCACAGCAUGCAUGUGCUAUAGCAAGGUCCUUAGGCAUGUCCGAGGUCCUAAUUCAUCGAUAUUGUGGGAUAUUGAGUGCUUAUGGAAUGGGUCUAGCUGAUGUUGUUGAAGAGGUUCAGGAGCCAUAUUCCUCCGUUUACGAUGCUGAUUCUGUUGCUGAGGCCUCUCGAAGGGAGGGUCUUUUAAUAGAACAGGUAAAACAAAAGCUUGGAGAACAGGGAUUUAGUGAUGAAAGCAUUCGUACUGAAUCUUAUUUGAACUUGAGGUACGAGGGCACUGAUACAGCCAUUAUGGUUAAAAGACCCGGAGGAGAAAAUGUUGAUGAUUAUGCUGCGGAGUUUCUUAGGAUAUUCCAACAAGAGUAUGGCUUUAAACUGCAAAACAGAAAGAUACUCAUAUGUGAUGUUAGGGUUCGUGGUAUUGGCACCACAAGCAUCUUGAAACCACGGGAGCUUGAGCCAGUGUUGACAAGUCCUGUACCAGAAGGCUCUUACAAGAUUUAUUUUGAUAAAGAGUGGUACGAGACUCCGCUAUUCAAGCUUGAAAAUUUGGGUUGUGGCCAUGUUCUACAAGGACCUGCAAUUAUAAUGAAUGGAAACAGUACAGUGAUCGUAGAACCAAAAUGUAAAGCCGUUAUCUCUAAGUAUGGUAACAUAAAAAUUGAGAUUAAUUCACCCACAAGCGAUGCAAAGAUUGAUGGAAAGGUUGCAGAUGUAGUACAACUUUCCAUCUUCAACAACCGCUUUAUGGGCAUUGCCGAGCAAAUGGGCCGGACCCUUCAAAGAACCUCAAUAUCCACAAACAUCAAAGAACGGCUUGAUUUCUCUUGUGCUCUCUUUGGGCCGGAUGGAGGGCUUGUGGCAAAUGCCCCACAUGUACCUGUGCAUUUGGGGGCUAUGUCUAGUACCGUUUGUUGGCAACUUAAUUACUGGGCCGAUAAUCUAAACGAAGGCGAUGUUCUUGUUACCAAUCAUCCUUCUGCAGGAGGAAACCAUCUUCCAGAUAUAACAGUUAUCACACCAGUUUUUGAUAAUAACAAAAUAGUAUUUUUUGUGGCUAGUAGAGGACAUCAUGCAGAGAUUGGUGGAAUUACUCCGGGAAGCAUGCCGCCUUUCUCGAAGUCCAUUUGGGAAGAAGGCGCGGCGAUUAAAGCAUUCAAACUUGUAGAGAAAGGUGUUUUUCAAGAAGAAGGUAUAGUUCGCUUACUUCAGUCGCCGUGUUUGGAUGAAAAUUCAGCUAAAAGAGUCCCUGGGACCCGCAGGAUACAAGAUAACUUAUCGGAUCUCCGGGCCCAGGUGGCUGCAAACCAGAGAGGGAUAACACUCAUCAAAGAGCUCAUCAAUCAGUACAGUUUAGCUACCGUUCAAUCUUAUAUGACACACGUUCAAAACAAUGCUGAAGAAGCCGUGAGGCAAAUGUUAAAACAAGUUGCUUCUAGAGUUGAAAAAGAGAAAGGAACUUAUAUUAUUGAAGAAGAAGACUAUAUGGAUGAUGGUUCCGUAAUCCAUUUGAAGCUCAGUAUCGAGUCUACCAAAGGUGAAGCUAUUUUUGAUUUUGAAGGUACAAGUUCGGAGGUUUACGGGAAUUGGAAUGCGCCUGAGGCGGUAACAGCAGCGGCUGUUAUAUACUGCUUGCGAUGUUUGGUUAAUGUUGAUAUCCCAUUGAAUCAAGGGUGCUUAGCCCCUGUGAAAAUCUUCAUUCCGGAAGGUUCUUUCCUUUCUCCCAGCGAUAAAGCUGCUGUUGUGGGUGGCAACGUGCUGACUUCUCAAAGGGUAACAGACGUAAUUUUGACUGCAUUUCAGGCGUGUGCGUGCUCUCAAGGUUGCAUGAAUAAUUUAACAUUUGGGGACGACACUUUCGGCUACUACGAAACAAUUGGAGGUGGGUGUGGAGCGGGGCCCACUUGGGAUGGGACCAGUGGGGUUCAAUGCCACAUGACUAAUACCAGGAUGACCGAUCCAGAAAUAUUCGAGCAGCGGUAUCCUGUUAUUCUGCAUGGGUUUGGAAUUCGAGGGAAUAGCGGUGGGGCUGGAUUCCAUAGAGGGGGUGACGGGAUCGUUAGGGAAAUAGAGUUUCGGCGCCCUGUGGUGGUGAGCAUACUUUCUGAGAGGCGAGUUCACGCGCCGAGAGGAUUGAAGGGAGGAAAAGAUGGGGCCCGAGGUGCAAAUUUUCUGAUUAGGAAGGAUAAGCGGAGGGUUUAUCUCGGCGGGAAAAACACUGUCGUGGUUGAUGCAGGCGAGAUUCUUCAGAUUUUUACUCCUGGGGGUGGUGGCUUCGGCUCCCCUUUUUGAUUCUUCUUACUCUGUCUUGUGAGAUUCUUAUUUCUACUUCGAGUUUUCUCUGGAAUAAAGGUAAUUCUCUUGUAUCGAGCACAAAGUGCAAACUAUGAAUCUGGGCUUUAAAAGGGUAUACUGUAUUCAGAGGUUUGUCCCUCUAUAUCACAGCAAUGGUUGCAAUAGCAGUCACGUAAUUGAAUCAGAAUUACCAAUAAACAUGUGGCAUUAAGAUGGAACCUAUUUAGUUUAGUUUGUGUUAUCUGUUGAUUUUAUGAUUAAGCUGGUUGAUCUUGGUAGUUGUAUUUGAUCUGUUUCCUUACACAGUUUGUAACCUACUGUAUCAAGCAUAGAUGUUUAAAAUACUUCACUAGUUGCGUUUGUAGUGACGUAUUUGAA